AAAAAAAACCCUGCUCGUCACACCUUGUAGAGUUUGUGAACCUUCUUUAUCCGUUCUCCUCUCACUCGAAUCAGUCCAUUCCCAUCCCUCUUCAAUCAACUCCCAAAUACAUUCCACUCAAAAGCAACAUGGGCACCUCCUCCAACCGUAGCUAUGGCUCCUCCUCCCGAAGCAGCAUCAGUGGCAUGAGCAAUAUCAGCAGCAACAACCACGAUGCAGUCAUUGGUAGGACCACUAUGAAUCCACACAUCGUGCUCUCUGUUUUGGUGUUACAACAGCAGGGACUACUAUUUGCAAACAGCGAUCCUCUCGUGUCUCCUUUAUCUCUACUCCACCGCAUCAAGCAGAGCUGCAUUGAACCCGCCUUACUCCCUCGAUCUUUACCGAUCAAUUACGUUGAACGCAGCGUGCUAACCGUGUGCUUGGUCUUCUUUUCUGUUCGUCUGAAUAUGUGUUCGUUCCUCGGUCUCAAGAAAGGAACAUGGAAUUCAUCUGGUGGCUAGCCAAUCGCCUGACCAGCUACGAUGAAGAGAUGCACAAGGAGAUCCUUGAAGACUUCUUUACGGACGAUGCCAAAUAUGUGCAUCCUGCAUUGACGGUCGAGGGACGAUACAACAUUCGAAAGGUCUUCCGUGUUUGGACGUCGCUCAAUAAGGAUGAACCAGAAGUGACAAACAUUGUCUUUGAUGGACAUACCGCUAUCAUCUCGCUUGUCCAAAACUUGCGGCCACGCGUUUUCCCACUUCUUCACCUGCAAGUGCCAGCAACAACGACCCUUCAUUUCAGAGACACACCUCACGGUUUGAUGAUCUACAGCCACCAAGAUUCGUGGACUCUUGAGGGCAUCGUUCAAAGCAUGCCUUUGCUUGGAUGGUGGUAUGAUCAUGUUGUCCGCAAUGUCCUUGGCUCAGUAUUGACUAGCGCAGGAGGAUUCCUUCACACUGCCAAUCAGACCUCGGGCUACCUGCAGUUCCGCGCCGAGGAGGUCCAAAAGCUGUCGACCGAAAUCAUUGAAAAGUCUAGCGCAGAGAUCCAGCAGCGUUCAAAGGAAAUGACCGCCAAGGCGCAGUUGAUGGUGGAUCAGGCGAAGGAUACGGUCGAAAGGAGGGUCGCAACUGCACGAGAGGAGGUUGAGAAGAUGAAGCAAUUGAUGAGGCCAGGUUCGCAGAGCACCAAGGCCAUCGCCAGCAAAAACGACGACGCAUAAUGGUCAGCAAGGGCAACCAGGCCCUUUUGACAUCCUUACCAGCGAGAACCUAGCUUUUUGUGCACAGGCCAGGUUGAUAUUGUCUUUUAUUGCGACAGCAGAGGCGUCUGUGCGCAACUAUACCAUCAUGUCAACCACCUUUUCAGUCAUUUCCGUUUAAAAUGUUUAAAAUGCAAAAGCAUAGAGAAUAAACACCUCGAUUAUCCAUUA